AUGCCGGCGAAAAAAGGCAAGACCAAGAGCAAGAAGGCAGGAUCGUCCUCGUCCUCAAAGACAACAGCGGUGGCCGCCGGCUUUGACGUAGUAGAAGGAGGGGGUGGGCAGCAAAACGACAGCAGCGGAGGAGGAGGCGGCAGCAGCGGCAGCGUCUCCAAGAAGUCUAAAGGCGGCGGCGGCGGCGGCGGUGGGUCCAGCGAAGACUUCUUGCGCCGACGGCGGACACCGGGCUACGGCGACAACGAGCCCGGCGGCGUCGGGGGCGGGGGCGACUUUCGGCAUACGAACGGAGGCAGCAGCUCGGGCGAUCGCGAGAGAGACAGGGAUACCGUGGACAGAGAUAGGGACAAGGACGGCGGUAGCAGGGGUCUAGGGGGCGGGGGCACCGGGGGUGAUCAUUGCCACAACGGGGAGUCGCUGUGCAGGAGCCCCUUCAUCAGGAGCUCGGCGGGGAAGCAAUGGUCGUGGCUGGGGUAUUCGGCCAAGCAGUUCCGGUCGUUCGCGCAAGAGUUUCCCCCGAUGUUGGACGUCGGGGCGGAAGAGGUGCGCUUGAAGAUCGAGGACAUAAAGUGCAGCACCUGUCGAGAUCGCCUGCUGAAGGCGCUCGGCCGGGGGCUACGCAGAGGCGGUUUCCCCCUAACCAAGCUCGUCAAGCUGGCCGCGUGCCGCUCCGGCGAAGAAGAGCACGGUGACCAGUCCAAGCGGCCCGAGGAGACAUGCACCCCGACGUCCACGCCCCCGGCGGCGGCCCUUGGUGGGCGGGGAGACGCCGGUGGCGACGGACGGGCACCGGUGGUCCUGUCGAACGGGCGGAGUGGCGUCGUCGAAGAGUCUCAGAAGAGGGUGGAGGCGGCCGCAGGGGGCGGCGGUGGCGGCAACGCUAGCGGGAGCAUCCUACCAAGCGACCGGCUGCGCAUCCGCGCCCCGGUCACCCCGGACCUUCUUCGACAGGUGAUCGGCGUCGUGCAGCAGGCGGCGCUGGUGCCGCCCGCCGCGGACGCUCCCGGCAAGAGGGAGGGCGCAGCGGCGGAUUUGUUGGCAGAGGAGUGGCUGUCUACCUACCCGGCGCCGGACCCCGCCCUGCUAGAAGCGGGCGAGGCGAAGUCGAACGCCGGCGGCGGCCUGCGGGGCACAGGGACGGGCUCCCUGUCGUUUUCGCGCGGGAGCUUCGGCGGCGGCGGCGGCGGCCACGGGCGGUCCGACAGCGCCGAGCGAAACCCGUGGGCCCUGAUGGAGCGGGUGGAUCGAGCCAGGGACAACGCGUUCAAGUGCUGCGGGGUCAUCGAGGCUAGCGCUGGGGGUGCGAGCAGCAGCGGCGGCGGCGGCGGCGGCGGCGGCGGGUUGUUGGAGUCAAGCGGCAGCCUCAACGGGGGGGGAUCGUCUUCGAUGGCCGGGAACAUGGAGUGGAACCCGCAGUUCGCCCCGCGCCUGCAGGAGGCGGAGGCGGCCAUCGUGGAGUGGCUGACGGAGCUCACCAUGGCGCUGCACGGGCUGACGUUCCAGUUCACGCUCGCUUUCAUCGGCGAGGAUGACGGCGAGGACGGGAGCACCGGAAGCAGCGACCUGGCCGAAUCCACUGCCCUGGCGGAGGACCUCUGGACCGCCUACGAGGAUUCGGUGAAGCGGCAGCUGGACCUCACCCUGGAGGCGAGGAGAGAGCAGCUCCGCGAGCAGUCCCAGCCGAUGGGCCUCGCCCUCUGCUUCACGGCGCAAAACCGCGUCCUGGCUUCGGAGCUGCUGGGGCGAAAGCGGACGGAGAUGGCCGCGCUGCACCAGGCCACGAUCGGGGUGAUGGCGGCGCCGAAGCUGAGGCCGCUCCUCCAGCGCGCGGAGCGGGCGCGGCAGAAGUGGUCGAGCUUGCUGCUGCCCGAGGACGUCUACGCGCUGGACGACUUGGUUGAGCGGGUGCUGAGGGCCCGCCUGCAGGUGUUCAAGGUGGAGUCUUUCGCGUACAACGCGUCCAGCGACGUGAUCCAGGCGGAGCAGAUGGCGGACGCCCAGCUCAAGACGGUGGUGCAGGAGUGGGAGGCGAUGCUAGACGGCCUCAAGGCCCGUGUUGAGUGCAGGGUGUCGGAAGAGCUCAACUCCACGGUUUAUCCGCAGUCGCCGGCGUUGACGUCAGCACUGCAGACGUGGCUGUCGACGUUCCAGGCGGACUGGGUUGGCAACGAGACCACCCAGCAGCUGCACGCGCACAUCCGCCAGAGGCAGGUGCACCAGCUGUGCCAGACCUUGGUGGCCAAGAAGCAGCGCCUUAAGGCAACCAAGGACGAGGCGAACGAGUUCGGGAAGCAGCGCCGCAAGAGGGAUGCCCGCGCUGCUUCCGGCAACGGGAUGUUCUCUCCCUCGGCUGAGCAAGCGGAAGACAUGGCGAAGCAGCGAGAGUUCGAGGAGAGGUGCCAGUCCCUCGCCACCGCCAUCUCCCUCACCCAGCAGGAGCAGAUAGAGACGUGCCUCACCUACCGCCUCUUCGCGGUCGGGCAGCUGCACCAACGGUACCGGCGGCUCCGGCUAUUCUUCGCGCAGCUGGGGUCCCGCGUCGGAGCGAGGGAGUCGCAGGCGACCCUCCUCUGCGGAGGGGAGGGGCAGGCGGAGGAGCGGAUCAAGAUGGUCGGGGUGUGCCUGAUGCUGGGCGUGGUGGAGGAGGCGUGCUUGAAGUGGACGGCGGUGCAGAACGAGAGGCAGCUCGUGGAGGGGAUGAACCGCGAGGACGCAAGUCAAGACGCGAAGCGUCGGAAACGCGAGCGGGCCAAGGCGAAGGUCCGCGAGACCAAGACAGCUGCGGCGGCGGCGGCGGUGGCGGCGGCAGCGGCUGUAGCCAAAGCUGCGGAAGCACCCCCUACUGCUGUCGCCUCCGCCUCCUCCUCCAAGGAAGUUGGCGCUGUAGACCCAUCGCCGGCACAGGGGAGCGCUGAGGGCGGGCAGGCUGCCGUUCCCGGUGCCGAGGCCGCCACCACAGCUGCCGCCGCCGCCGCCGCCGAAGACCGUCAACCCCCUGCCCCUGUAGACAAUGAAGACAGCUUUCCACGGGAGCAUCGAAGAGUGCCGUCGGGAAAAGGCUUGGGCAAGGCGCCUGCAGCCGUAAGAAACGGGGAGGAGCGGUCUACUAUGGGGUGGCGCGGGACAGAUAGAGCGGCGCGGCCGGCCGGAGACGAGGACGAGGACGGCUUCGUGACGAUCGCCAAGUCCAAGCCUAGGCGAUCAACCGCCGCCGCCGCCGCCGCCGCUCGCGAGAGCUCGUUCCUUCAGCAGAAUGGCCGGCCGUGGGGGGGCGGGCGCGGGGGGGGUGGAAGAGACGGCGGGGGCAGAGGUCGCGGAGGGGGGGGUGCCGCUGGCGGAGGGUACGGGUACGAGGGGAGAGACCGCGCACCACGAGACGCUAGGCCGUACGAGCAGGAUAGGAAGUCUAGGGCUGCUGGGGCGGCAGUGUCUGGGGGCGCACGGCUUUCGUCGUCGACCUCGGCCGCCGGCGGCUGGGCGCAGCGGCACAGGGGGGUCGUACAAGAGCCGCCUGAGCGUGCGGCCCCCCCACCACCGCCGGCGGGAGCGGGGGCGGCGGGAGGGUUACCGGUGGCGCCGGAGGAAGAGCUUCCGGCGGACUCUGCGGAAGAGGCGACGACGGCGGCGGCUACCGGGGGAGUGGUGAAAAAUGCGGGGCAGUUUGGCGGGGACGAAGUUACAGGCGCCGAGGAGGCGGAGGAAGUCGGGAAAGCGGGCGGCGCAGCGGCGGCCGCAUCGAGCGGCGAGCUUGACCCGGAGCGGGAGGUGGCGGGGGUCGCGCCGGAGGUUGCGAAAGAAGGGGACGGGGCUGAAGGCGGCGCGGACGCUGGGGCGGCGGUGGAAGAGGAAGAAGAGGAAGAGUUCGUGUUCCAGUUUGGCACGGUGAACUUGUCGGACGAUGAUGCCGCUGCUGCUGAAGAGGAUGCAGGCCGAGACGCGGGGAGUGACACCGCCAUCGAGGCAAGACACAGCCCGGAGAACCUCAGGCAAGCGGAGGAGGAGCACCACCACCACCGCCGCCACCACCACCACCACCACAAGCGGCCGGGCACCACAGACAGGGGUCAGCCGGUCUUUCCGCCGGGGCGGCGGGUGAGGUUGCGCCGGCGGAAAACACGGCGCCCUUCGAGAACGAUGAGCAGCAGUCCGCGCCCGCCGAUCACCAAGAGGGAGAGGAAAGCGCGGGGCUGUGAAGUCGCACCGCGAGAGGUUGGGGCGGGCCCACCGUUGUCGCCGUCGCCGCCGCGCACGGCAGGGCAGACGGAACCGCCGCCUGUUCCGCCGGCUGCCGCCGCCGACGGCGCUUUGGGAGAAGCCGCGACGGUGGCGGCGGCGGCGGCGGCGGCGGCGGCGGCCGCGGGAGUGGAGACGAAGACGGAGGCAGCGCCGCAGGCGGCGUCCGAACAACCGGUCGCGGAGGAGACGGCCGCUGUUGCGGAGACUGCUCCUCCUGGCGCAGAUUUGAAGGCUGGGGUGCCCGACGGGGGGAAAGGGAGCAGGGGGAAGGGGAGCAAGGGGAACGCGGGGUCGGGGACAGCGUCGCCGGGGGAGGCGGCGAAGAAGGACGUCCCUUCGCCCUCCGCGCCGAUGCCCAGGGGGCUCGUUAACGCGACCGGGCAGAAUAACUGCUUCUUGAACGUCGUCGUCCAGUCUCUGUGGCACCUCGAAGCGUUCCGGGCGCAGUUCGGGGGGAGCGGGGACAGCAAUAGUGGCACCACCAACGCGGCGGCGGUCAGCGGCGCUUGGGGAAAGAAGCCGCAGGUCUGGAGGGGCGACGGCCCAGUCGCAACGGUAGUAGCGCCGCCCGCACCACCGGCAACGGCGGCUGCGGAGAAGGAGCCGAGCCAUCGCGUGGAGGCGUCUCUCCGAGCGUUGUUCCGAGAGCUCUCCGAGGUCGACGGCGGCGGCGGCGGCAACGGGGUUGGGGGGGGGGGUAGCAAUAGCAACGGGGGCGGCGGCGGCGGCGGCACGGGAACGACCAGCGCGUCCGUAGAGGCGCUUCGCACGGCGCUGGCGGAGCUGUCGGGGGCGCGGUUCGGCGCCGGCAAGAUGGACGACGCGGCGGAAGCGAUGGAGACCAUCCUGGGGUGCCUCGUGAAGGGAUCGAGCCCCGCGGUCAUCCGGCAGGUGUUCAGCAUGCGCAUCAGGGAAGCGCUCGUCUGCCCGAGGUGCGGGACGUCCUCUCCGGAGAAGCCCGCGACCUACGAGGCGAACGUUUUCUACGCGCACGUGUCGGCGCUGCGGGAGGCGAGGGAAAAGACUCCCGGUUGUCCUUUCGACGUGGCGCUCAGGGAGGCAAGCCACGGCGAUCUGGUGACGUGCCGCAACGCCGGGUGCUCCCUGUCGAGACGGAAAGAGCGCCUGCCCAGCCAGCGCUUCAUCACCGGGGUGCCCCCGUCUGUGUUCUCGCUGGGGCUGGUGUGGAACAACUGGGGUCCCGGCCUCGUGGCCGACCUCCUGGGGUUGCUCAGCCCUGUGGUGGACCUGGACGUGGUGUUUUCGAGGGGACGGGAGCACGGCGUCGCCGGGGCGGGGGAGGUCUCUGCGGGGAAGGCGCAGCUGAGAGGGUUCUUCUGUUUCCAAGUACAGAAGCACCACUACGUGGCCUUCGUGUACAACAGGGACAGGCAGGAGUGGCUGCUGCUGGAUGACGACCAGGCGGUGCCGAUUGGCCCGGACUUUGCGGGGGUCCUUGGUCGGUGCGAGGAGGACAAGCUACACCCCUCCCUCUUCUUUUUCGAGCGGAAACAAGACGCUACGGCCUACGGUAGCUAG